AUGAUGAAAACUUUUCUUCUAGUUGUGAAUAUAGUGGCAUUAACUCUGCCAUUUUUGGCUGCAGAGGUACAGAACCAGGAACAACUGGCAUGUUGGGAAAAUGAUGAAAGACUGUUUAAUCAGAAAAAGGUCCUAUAUGGCCUAAGUAACCCUGUGCUGAAUACCUAUCUUCAUAAUGCACUCAAUUACUACCAAAAUAGAGCAAUGGUACCAAUUAAUAACCCAUGUGUGUGUCACCCAUAUUAUGCACAAUCUUUUGUGCUUCAGCCACAAGCCCAAGCAUCCAAGUGGCCAGUCCUGACAAAUAUCCCUCAGCCCACCAUUCGACAUCACCCAACCAAAUUCCCAUCAUUUAUGGUCAUUCUCUCAAAGAGAGCACCAGAAAAAGCCACUAUCCUUGCCACUGAGACCAUCGCUGCUCCCACGCCCACUCCAGUCACUGCUGCUGCAGAGAUCACAGCAAGCCCUGCGGACAUACUGGAAGUGCCUUCUGAGUUUGUUCGUGCCCCUGAGACCACCACUGUGCCAGCCACUUCACCCAUAGCACAGGAACAAUAA